AUGCCGGAGCUCAGCGAUGUCGUCUACUCUCGUACCGAAACUGUGCAGGCAUUUCGGGACUAUUACCGCUUCCUCGUCGGCUUGUAUUUAGACGAAUCGUACGUUGUUGAGCCUCCGAAAGGCGGCUGGCCCUCGAUAACACCAAAUGUUGUUCGGGAAUUGAUUGGGAAGGACGAAGAAGUCGCUGGACUGCUUCGAGAAUUGCCUUAUAUUCGCGGUAAAUGUUUGGAGGACUUCCCUGGAACUCAGGCAACCCCUAUCUGUGUGUGGGCAGAUUGGGAUGAUUUACUCAGGAUUGGAGGUGAUGGGUUGAAUAUCAUGACGGAAGGAACGAUUUUUGAGGAUGUACCGUCACAUGUUAUUGGCUUAACAAUCAACACUGAUGAUCACAAGAAGUUUCUUCUUGACACCAAGCUUGGGAUCGUUUACUGGCCAGAGUACGUUGAGCUUCAAUACGAACACCGUAGUCACGGUACCUUCAACCUCAUGUCGUGGGUUGAAAAUCCGAUCGAGCAGAUAACUGACGACCCGGAGGAUUAUGCGCCAGAAAACGAGGUCGAGUGGAGAUCCGAGUCACCAGCCUGGACUAUUGUGGACUUUUUCGAGCUCCUAAAGUCGCAGUACCGCGAACUCAAUUUCAUUCCGAUCAAUUCAGACGAGGUUUUGACUGUAAAGGCCCGCUUCAAGCCCGCCUUGGAUGGAAUGAUUCCUAUGAUCCGGCGAAUCUAUCACGAGCAUGGCUGGCCUCAAGGGACGGAUUAUCGUAAGCAGGAGUGUCUGAAGGCCAUAAAGACUGCAAUGGAUGAGCAUUACCCUACCUUUUCAAGCUUCUAA